AUGCCUCGGGAUAGAUUAUUUGGUAAAAAGACUGGAAAACGGAAUUCGGAAUUAUUUUGUGGCACUUGGAAUGUACGGACUUUAUAUAAGCAAGGAGCAGCAUUGAAUUUAGUAAGAGUAGCAGAGAAGUAUAAAAUCAGAUGCAUAGCCCUUCAAGAAGUGAGGUGGGAAGAUGCAGGGUCUAGUAAAAUAUCUCAGACAACCAUCAUAAACGGAAGUAGUGCACAAGGACAUAGGUUAGGGACUGGUUUCGCGAUUCAUGAAUCAAUAAUUCACAUGGUGAAGGAUUUUAAGGAUAUUAGUCCAAGAAUCUCCACAUUAACACUAAAGACCAGAGAUUUUCAAAUAGUCCUAAUUAAUGCCCAUGCACCAACAGAAGAAAAAGACGAUGAAGAAAAGGAAGAGUUUUAUUCUACACUAGAAGACGUAAUGGAUACAGGAGUUGGUGAUGUAAAAAUAGUUCUAGGAGAUUUUAACGCAAAAAUCGGUAAGGAAGCGCUGUAUAGAACGGUGAUUGGGACACAUAGCCUACAUGAAACCUCGAAUGACAACGGUAUGAAGCUGAUCAGUUUUGCAGUAGAAAAGGACUUAGUGUAA